CACCAUAUGUCGUAUGUAUUGAAUAAAAACCGAUUGUUAGACUCAUCGCAGUCAUCAGCGAGCCUUGUGGUCACGCUAGAUAACUUGAAUUAAACAAGACGUAAGCGGUCAACAAGCAGUUGCCUGUUGCGAUUUAAAAAACAAUUUUAAUCGUAUUCAAUUUACACCGUCAUACAAUGGAGUUCAAUAGAUUAUGUCUAUUAUCUGUGUUGCUAGCUUGUUCUUUGAAUCGCAUUUCGGGACAUUCUUAUCAUUUAGGACAAUGUCCAACCAUGGAACCAAUGCCUGAUUUUGUAAUGGAAAAAUUUUUAGGACCAUGGUACGCCGUACAAAAGACGUCGACGUCAAGUCGGUGUAUGGUGUAUAAUUUUACAAACACACAGGAACCCAAUACAUACAAAUUGGAACAAAUUAGCGAAAACUCUAUCAUCAAUGUAGCUAAAUCCAAUAAUUACCAUUAUAUUGGAAACUUAAAGGCCGAUUCGAGUUUACCAUCUAGAAUGUCUGUUUCUUUUCCUCUGAAUGUUGCGGGAAAAUCGUCUUUUGUUGUGUUCGCGACUGAUUAUAUAACCUAUGCAGGUGUAUACUCAUGCCAAAAAAUACCGUUUGGCCAUAGACAUUCUGUAACCAUUUUAUCAAGAACAAAGGUCCUAGACAAAAUGUACCUGGAUAAGAUGCGCAGCCGAAUAGCUUCGGCUAACGUGAGUCCAUUUGAUCUGUCGAUCAUUGACCAAUCAAAGUGUAACCAUCUUAAUACAUCUAUGCGUGUGGAAAUAAACGAUGAGACGUUCAGUGCUAAAAAUAUCGGACACGCGGUUUCUAAGGUGGGUGAAAAAAUUGGACAAGGCGUUGAGUAUGUUAUUGACGGCGGCAAGAAAGUCUACAGUUCUAUCAAAUCGAAGCCCGCCGAAGAACCUGACGCCGAAUGGAUACCUUAAGACUGGCUAAAUGCGAAUAAAUCUUAUAUUUUUAUAAUAUGACAAAGUUCAGCUAACUUAUCAGUAUAAGCCGAGAUGCAGCUAUAUGAACAACAUUACUUUUAUACAUAUAUAUUUUGUUUACAUAAUUAAUUAUCUAUUUUUUGUUACUAUUGUAUUGUAGUAUACCUUUGACUGUACGUUCUCCUAAGAACAGAGACAAUAUAUACCCAUAGACUUAUAUACCCAAUAAAUACUUGUAAACUAUUUAAGUCUAAUAUACUUAGACAAUAUUCUAAUAAUAAACUAUAAUAACUUAACAAA